UGCUAUUGAGCUAUCAGGUCACAAGCUAUGACCUGUUUAAGAUAAGAAACAGUGUUUGGUGCAAAGAUGAUUCUAGGAUUCUUCUUCAUUUCUGUCAUUGCUGUUUUAUCAGGCACUAAUAGUGAGAAGGGACAUAUAAAGAUAGCAGUUCAGGAAGAAGAGAAUGUGACCAUUCCAUGUUCCUAUGAUAACAAGCAUGCUGAUCAUCAGAAACUAUGGUGCAAAGAAUCAAUGGCAACUUGUUUUUCUCAAGGAGUCCAUAUAUCAGUCACUGAUUACCCUGAUCAGGGUGUCUUCACAGCGACCAUGAGGAGCCUGCAGAGACAUGAUUCUGGCAUAUACUGGUGUGCUGUAGAAGCUGGUGGGGAAACCAGAGCAUUUGGCGAUUCAUAUAUCAUAACAGUCAUCAAAGGUCCUCCAGACCUGUCAGUGAGGGACAUCAUGGUGAAUGGUGAGGAGGGCGGUACUGUCACUGUCCAGUGUCUCUACAGUGACAAAAACAAGUACACCAAGAAGACAUGGUGCAGGAGAAACAUGGAGAAGUCCUGUUUAUCAGUAUGGGGCAGAACUGUCACGAGAGACAGAAUUACAUUACAUGUCAAUAAUGUAGAAAGAAUCAUGACUGUGACACUGACCAGACUGCAGAAGGAGGACACAGACUGGUACUGGUGCAGUGUGGGAGACUUAAACUUCCCCGUUCAUAUUGCUGUUUCUCAUCAAACACAGAGUAAGCUAAACUCUGAACAAAGCAUAACUCUCAAAUAG